AUGUCCAGACCCCGACGACCCUCGCAACGUGAAGAGUUCGAGAUCGCGAUCAUUUGCGCGUUGCCACUGGAGUACGACGCAGUCUCUCUCCUCUUUGAUCGGUUUUGGGAUGAGAGUGGAGACCAGUACGGACGCGCUGCUGGCGACACAAACUACUACACGACGGGACAGAUCGGGAAUUAUAAUGUUGUUCUGGCCCUUUUACCUAACAUGGGCAAGGCCAGCGCCGCCGCCGCCGCCGCCAAUCUUCGAUCGAGCUAUCCCGGCCUGAAGCUUGCCUUUCUUGCGGGAAUCUGUGGUGGAACACCCAAACACCCGGAGACGGGCGAUGAGAUCCUACUGGGCGAUGUCGUGAUCAGCAAGACCGUCAUCCAGUAUGACUUUGGAAGGCAGAAUCCAGGCCAGUUGGUGCGCAAGGAUACCUUGGAUGAUAAUCUGGGACGGCCAGACCGGGAUGUCCGCUCCCUGCUUGCAAUUCUCCAGACAGAGCUCGGGCGGGAACGUCUUCAGGAGCGCACGGCGCAGUACUUGCGGCGUCUCCAGGAUCUGGCAAGGCGCAAGAAACGUCGAAGCAAAUAUGUUUAUCCCGGCACGGCGGAGGAUAAGCUGUUCGACCCGCGCUAUCGACACAAACAUCAUGGUUCGUCACUAUACGGGGAUUGCAAGGAUUGCAGUACGGCCUUAGAUAGUAUUUGCACGGAGGCAUAUCAUGCAAUCUGUACAGACAUCCCGUGUAACGAGCGCUUUCUGGUGCACAGAGAAAAACUGGACGCGAAGCAACACCUGGAGCACGAGGGCAAAAAGGAGGCACAAGACCCGGCUAUCCAUAUCGGACGGAUCGCAUCUGGUGACAUGGUGAUGAAGUCGGGUGAACAUCGAGAAAUGUUUACACAUAAUGACCAAGUCAUUGCCUUUGAGAUGGAAAGCGCGGGAAUUUGGGAUGAAAUUCGAUCCGUUGUGGUGAAGGGAGUCUGCGACUAUGCGGACAGCCACAAAAACAAAAAAUGGCAGGACUUUGCGGCUCUAACGUCCGCCUCAACAAUAAAGGCCCUGCUGGAGCGAUACACUCGGACAGACAAAGCUGUUAAAUCCGUCUUUAUCGAGGCACCGCCGUCGCAGCAUGAGGAAGAAGAAGAGAUUAAACAAAUUGUUCUCGAGAUGCUCAACUUUCCCCGAAUCCACAGCCGUCAUGAAGAAAUAGCUGGGGCGCACAGCCAGACGUUCUCCUGGAUUCUCAGCCAUGAUGCCUCGUUCGCCAACAAUGACCACAACCUGGAGGUACGACACCGACAGGUAAGAGCAGGAUUCGCAUCAUGGCUCCGCGAAGGGAGUGGCAUCUACUGGGUUAGUGGCAAAGCCGGAUCUGGAAAGUCAACGUUGAUGAAACUUAUUCGCACCGACCCACAAACCUCAACACAUUUACAACAUUGGGCGGGCGAGACUCCCGUCAUCAUCGGUCAUUUCUACUUCUAUGAUCGGGGAAGCGUGCUCGAAAAGAGCCGCGCUGGGUUACUUCGAGCACUCCUGCUCCAAUUACUUGGCUGGAAUCCAUCUUGGAUUCCGCAAGCUUUUGCCGGUUCGUGGUCACGAUUGCAGAGGCUCCGGACGACUAAAUCAUUCAGUCGGCCUACAGAUGAGGAGUUUUCGUUGACGGAGUUACAUGUGGCGUUUCGAUCAGUACUGGCGCUGACCGUCUCGGCAGUCCGGGUAUGCCUCUUCAUUGAUGGGCUCGAUGAAUAUGAGGGAUCCGAUCGAGAGAUUUCACGGUUUGUCACCGAGUUGGCCGACAGCAAAUUUGGAGACUCGCGCUGGCACAAGCUGUGCUUAUCCAGUCGGUCGCACCCAGCCUUUGAAGAGGCCUUCAAAAACUGCCCGCAUCUCAAACUGCAGGAGCUGACCUACAAUGAUAUUUAUCGGUAUGUGUACGCCCAUCUGGGAUCUCAUAGCCGGUACGAGCAGAUCCUACGCACUGAACAUGUCGCUCGGUUCCAAACCCUGGUCUCUAGCGUGGUCGAGCAGGCGUGCGGUGUCUUCCUUUGGGUGCAGCUGGCCGUGUGGUCGUUGCUCGAUGGACUUGAUCAGUAUGAUUGGAUCGACGAGCUAGAACGGCGCGUACAGGCGCUACCGCCGGAACUGGAGCAAUUCUAUGAUCGAAUGCUGCGGAUGAUUGAUCCUGGUUACCGCCGGCAGGCUGUAAGAAUCUUUCGCCUCAUGCUGGACUCAGGCAACCCACAGUGUGUGAUGCUAUCGUUUAUCGAAAACGACGAUCUUGGCGUGCUUACAUAUCCCGCUGAAGGUUUUUUGCCAGAUAAUAUGCAUCUUCGAAGCAACCAAAUGGCCGCGCGUCUAAAAAGUAAACUAGGCGGCCUUGUUGAGGUGAGCAGGACGGAUGGGAAGUACAACUGGAUGUCCUCAGUUGUGACAUUUUUCCAUCAAACACUGCGCGAAUAUCUGCGACAACCGGCGCCAUGGGAAAUUUUGCUUGGGAAAUUUUCAGUUCGCUACUGUGACAAUAUAUUAUUCCAUCACAUUUUCGGCUAUUGCCUUGGGGUGGCUAGGCGUUCGGUUGCGAACGAAGAGCUUGAACUGGAAGAUAGUAAACAGGAAUUGAUUAGAAUCGCGCAAGCACGACCGGUGCCGUUUAUCUGGCUGGUUGGUAGACCGGGGGAUGGGCGAUCUAUCACAAUUCAAUCCUUUUACUUGCGAAAUAAGACUGGGUGA